AACAGGAAGCCAAAGAAAAAAAUUCUUGUCAACUCAAGUGCUCGUAAGCCCCUGAACCUCACAUUUCUUCGUGUUCUCCCAGCUACAUCACGGUUAGAAGAACUGGUCUUUCCUGGCCGCCAUUGAGAGACCAACAUGGGGUGCUUCUUCUCGAAGAAAUCCAAAAGGAAGUCGGCUGAAAAAGAUGAGCGUACACCGACAACAACGACUGUCGAAACUGCGACGACAGGCAACGCGGUUCCCCUUGGCAACAACACGGACGAGGCACCGAAGCAGUACAGCUGGGAUAAGAGAGAAAAGGUUGAUCCUAAAGACUACAUGCUGACGGGGCUCAAAGAUGUCACGGUGGGCCGUCUGCCUGGCAAACUGAACGGGCAACAGUUUGUCAUCCAAGAGUGUGAGAACUGCAAUAUCUACGUGUUCGACCACUCAGCGACAAUCACCAUCGAUGACUGUGUCAAUUGCCGCAUUUUUCUAGGACCUAUCAAGGGCAGCGUGUUUUUCAGAGACUGUAAAGACAUCAAGUGCGUGGUGGCCUGUCAGCAGUUCCGCACACGAGACUGUAAAAAGAUGGAUGUGUUCUUGUGCUGCGCCACUCAGCCCAUCAUCGAGUCGUCGACGGGUAUGAAGUUCGGCUGCUUUCAGUACUACUACCCCGAGCUGGCCUUCCACUUCAAGGACGCCGGGCUCAGCAUAUUCAACAACAACUGGAGCAACAUCCACGACUUCACGCCGGUGUCUGGGGAGAACAACUGGAGCUUGUUGCCAGAGGCUUCAGCGGUUCUUGAUUUUGUGCCGCUCCCAGACACCGAGUCUGAGUUCAAGUCAAUUCGAAUCUCCACUGACCCUGAGCGCAGCAUUGUGCCUUUGACUAAGGGAGGGAGGCGUAAGGACAGUGAAGAGUCCUGCCUCUUUGUUUUCUUCGCUGGAGAGUACACCACUGCAAACGCCCGCAAACUGAUCGAUGAGGCGACUGCUAAAGGUUUUGUGCUGAUUCAGACGAAGGAAGUCUCAAUGAAACCUGAAGAUGUGAAGAGGGUGUUUCAGAACAAUGCAGAGGAUCUCGUAGAGUGGAUCACCAAAGGUCCUGUCAUCGCCCUGGAGCUGAACGGUGAUGGCGUCGUGGAGGCCUGCAAGAACAUCGCUAAUGAAGUGUUCAGCGGGACCAAGCUUUUUGUCUCUGACAACAAAAAUACGUCCUCUCGAGACGUGGACAACUUCUUCAACUUCGCUGACAUGCAGAUGGGCUUGUGAACAAUUAAUUAUCCAAACCAAGUGCUCGUCAGACAUUUAAUCUGAUCUUCUAACCCCCCCCUGCCGUCCAGCUCGGGUUGAGUAUGAGUAGAGUUUGAUUAUUGCCUGUUUUUGUCCUAAAAAUUGGAUAGCAAUGAAAAAUAUUAAGGACUGUGUUUGACAAAGCCUGGGAUAAAUCAAUUCAUCUCCCCAUCAUCCACCAACAUCAGCUGUAAACCACUUAAUACCCAUUAGUUGCUGAGAGUGCUGUGAAUAUUUAUAUUUCUAUGAAUGUAUUCUGUUGCUUUCUAUCGAUUGUGAAUGUAGCUCUUUGCUGUAAAUGUAAUUCAUCUUAAUUUAAAGCUUUGUUUUUCUUUACUGUCUGAAACCGCUGCUGCUGUGGGAAAACCAACAGCACACGAAUGCCUGAGGGAAAAUAUUUUAUACAUAUUAAAUCAUAUUUUUAUUUCUUACAAGGAUUUAUUUGUGUAUGUGGAUUAGAUAAAGGAUGUGUUUUGAAAUGUGUAUAUUUGAGACAUGCUGUGUAGAUGAUAAGUACAUCUUUACUGAUAUCUGUUAGGCCAAAGUUGUGAACGUUUGUGUUUUGCUGUUGGUGCAGAUGAAUCAGUGUGUUUCCACUGAAUCGUGUGAACACUUGUAAAAUUGCUGGGUUUUUGAUGUAGGCAACUCAUGUGACCAUCAUUUUUAUUUUGUAAUAUUUGUUUUAUACUGAAUGUUUUUGUAUAGACACAAAUUAAUGUUCUUUAUCAUCAUUUUUAGUAAAAAAUUAUAUGUGACUUUAUUUUCUUGUGAUGCUUUUAACACCUGUGCUGUUGGGAAAACAGCAUGUUACAGUCGUACUGGUUAUAGGGAGACAAACUUGAGCAGAUGUAGAUAAAAACAGUCUAUUUUAGAACUGCAGUGAUUAAUCGAUUAGUCAGUCAAUAAAAUUAAUUGGCAACUUUUUUGGUAAUUGAAUAAAAGUUUAAGCACUUUUUUUAAGCAAAAAAGCCAAACAUUUUCUGCUUUGUGCUUCAUAAAUGUGAGAAUUUGAUGCUUUUCUUUGUCGUAAGUGAUAAUAAACUGAAUAGUUUUGGGAUUUUGGACUGUUGGUCCGAUAUUUAAGGAGGUCACCUUGGUGGCAUGCUUCACUAUUUUCUAACAUUUUAUUGACAAAUGAUUAAUCGAGACAAUAAUGGGCAGAUAAACUGAUAAUCUUUAGUAGCAGUCCCGGUCUGUAAUGAUCAUCAAACCCACUUGGUUUUAAGGUUGUCCUUGUUUCCCCUCUGUAACCUGAUCAACUUCUUUUUUUCAUAGAGUUCCCUAAAUUCUUGAGCUAUUUGAAUUUUUUGAACAAGCUGUAAAUAUAAAUACUCGUCUGACUGCUUGGGGUUUUUUUGUAUGUGCGUGUUAAUCUGGUAGAAAGUACCGAACAUCUCUCGAUCACUCGUCACAUUAGUGAAUCACUUUCCCUAGGUGUUGCUAUAGAAGCACGUUGCCUAAAUAUUGAGACUAGUUUCAUUUUUCGAAUGGAAAAAAAAAUGACUCACUGCAGCGUUUCUCUGUAGCAGAGUGAAUCAUGGGUUUUUCUUAACACUGUGCUGUCUUCCUCAGUGAGUCACAGUUAGCAGUUUUCACUUCAGCUAUUUGACUUCCACCUAGUUAAAACAGCACUUUUAUCAUUUGGUUUGGUAUCGAUUGUUCCCAGUCAAUGGCUAACCGCUCGACUUCACUCAGUCUGUGUUGGGACCUAUCAAUUAUUAAUUAAUCAGUGAUAAUAAGAUGCGUACACGCAGCACUUUUAGUUAAAGGGACACUUCAACCACAAAUUAAAAGUACAUAUUUUCCUUUAACCUGUAGUGCUUUUUAUUAAUCUAGAUUGUUGUGGUGUGAUUUGCCGAGUGUUGGAGAUAUCAGCCAUAGCGAUGCCUGCCUUCUCUCCAAUAUAAUGGAACUAGAUGGCACUCAGUUUGUGGUGCUCAAAGCGCCAAAAAAAUACAUUUGAAAACAACAGCGAUGUCUCUUUCCAAUAGUCAUGACCUGGUUACUCAAGAUAAUCCACAGACCUUGUUGUGAGCAGUUUCAUAUAGGAACUAUUGUCUUUCUACUGAGCUACACCUGCCAACUGUAUCACUGCGCAGAAGGAAGGAUGCAUCUACUGCUAGCUCACCUAGCACCACUGAGCUAGCUAACAUUACAGCUCAACCGAGGAGGACGCCAUUAAUUUUUACAUCUCGCACUGUCAUGAGCACAAGGUUCUCCAUGAGGAGAUGUACACUUCCUUCUGCACGGUGAUACAGUUGGUGGGUGUGGUAGAAAGAAAAUAGUUCCUACAUGAAACUGCUCACAACAAGGUAUGUAGAUUGUCCCAAGUAACCAGGUCAUACUUUAUGGAAAAAGACAUGGCAGUGGAAUUUGUCAAAUGUAAAGGCAAAGGCACUUUGAGCAUCUUUGAGAGAAGAUAAAUAACACUACAAGUACAAGGAAAAAACUGUAUCUUUGAUUUUGGGGGUGAACUGUCCCUUUGAAGCUAACUUUAGCCUGAUAUAUCAGACUGGUUUGUACAGCUGCCUUUAAGAAAACCAUACAUAGGGACUUCUUGCGAUGUACUUUUGUAUUUGUAAACCUUUUGUACUUGAGCACACAGUUUUUGUAGAGCAGUUUGUCUUUAUGAAUGCACAUUUGUCUGUAAUCUGUUGUUUCUACACUUAAAAUGACACCUUGUCUUUUUUAAAUGACAGAAACACAUUAAAAGCUGUAGAAUAUCUGAAAUCA